CCAGCGUCAAUAGAUUCUGAAGAUAUUGAAUAAAGAGAUCAGCAGUGCUGUGUUUACGCGUCGGUGUUGUUGUUGAAUACAGAAGAAAAGAGAAGAGAGAGAUAGGAGAGUGAAGAAUAGAGACCGGCUGCUUCUCUUGUCUGCUUUACUUCUCUCGUUGCUACGCGUCGCGCGGUGUGACGCGUUCUGAUCCCAGUCUUGAUAUCGAUUCCUAUUCUACUCUUAUUGAUAUCCAUAUUCAUAUCAUAUACUCAUCAAUCAGCAUGGAGGUCACAUACGAACAACAACAACAGCAGCAACAGCAACCCUUCGACCCCCCGCGCCUCAAACCAUCCUCCUCCUUCGCCGACGACACCGAAGAACUCCGCCGUCAAGGCGAUCUCAACCUCUCCGUUUCCCUCGAAGACCUCGCCGUCCGCGUCCGCUACGACGACUCCCGCACCGUCCCCGCGUCCGUCUCCGAACGCAACAGACAGGUCUUCGGCAUCGUCUGGCUCAAAAAAACAUGCCAGCUCUCGCCGCGAAACGCAAUCCCGCGUAACCGCAUCUACGCCCGGUAUGCCGAGAUCUGCGCCCGCCACAAAAUAAAGCCGUUGAACCCGGCCGCGUUCGGCAAGCUCGUCAAGCUCGUCUUUCCCGAUAUCAAGACUCGACGGCUUGGGGUGCGUGGGAAAUCAAAGUACCACUACUGCGGCAUCAACCUCAUCGGCGACGCCCUCGUCCCGAUCGGCAGCAUCAACAACGCCGGCAGCGCCGCGAGCGCAGAUGAUUUCGACAUCGCCAACGACGACUCCUUCGAGAACGGCCAGGACUCUGCUGCUUCUUCGUCAAAAGCCAACAACAACACAUCUGUCGCCCCGCAAAAGGAAAACCAGAACCCGCAGUCGACUCCGCAGUCGAGGCUGCAGUCCCUGCUCUUCACCACUCCGCCGGAUAAAGUGCGCUCGUCACUUGACUCGCCGUCGUCGCAUCUCGCGACUACACCGCUCGACCCGUCCGCGCUCCCGCCUCUGCAUUUCUCGAAAAAAGUAAUGGACUCGCCGGCUGUUUCGUUCAACUCGCUCGCGUUCCCGAGUAUCGACGCUUUCGUGCCUGCUGGUGCGGAUAAAGAUGCAGUUGAUAUUCUUACCGCGCUUUGUCAGUCGCAUUGCUCGGCUUUGCUCGAAGCGAUUCGGUUUAUGCACCUGAAGCAGUUCCUAAACACCUUGUCCUCGUUUCAUGGAACGCUUACCUCUCCUGUUCAGAAAUUGCUUGCCGUACCCAGCAUACUCGAAUGGGUCCAGCGCUGCGACUGGAUCAUGUAUAAGGAAAUGAUCCACAUGCUCGCGCCGCUAGCUCUACAAGUCGUCCCCGCAAACGUACUGACCGCCCUGCGCUCACUCUCAAUGACCCUCCCGCAAAACAUCCUCACCUCCUUCCGCACCCUGCCGCCGCAAUUCGUGCAAGUCAAACUGCGCCCGGCCUACGCGUUUUCAAACCUGAUCGGCCGUCUGCUGCGCGUGACAAAUAGCGCCAACGCGGCAGCGCGCAUCCUCGCGAACCCGAACGAGCGCAAGUCGAUGCUGGCGGACUGGAUUAAUUACGUCGACGCGCGGCUGAUUGUGCUGCGCGAGGCGCCCUGCGGUGGAGCGAUGGCGCUCAAGAUUUUGACGGAGGACUUGAUUGCGCUGCUUGCUGUGCCGGCGGAGAAUAUAGCGGCAAACGCGGAUCACUGGGGCCGGCCGCAUUCACGCGACCUUAACGACGUGUCGACGUCCCCUGCGCCGCCGUCGCCGACUCCAGGAAAGGACGACAUGAACGACCCAGGCGAGGGGAUAAUAGAGCAAUGGGCAGAGUACCUGACCGCCCUACCGCUCCGGUUCCCGAACGUGUCUGCGCGCAUGUUUUUGCUGUACAUGAACGGGAUCCUGACUGCCGCGCUGCGGGAGAUCACGUUGAACGGCGGCGAGGCGUUUGGUGCGUGGUGGAUGGUGCGGUGCUGGAUUGAUGAGUGGAUCGCGUGGGUUGCUGAGCAGGGAGGGUUUUUUGAUACGGAUUAUUUGCCGAUUGCUGAGGAUGCGGGUGGUAAUGGUGGGUUACAGGCGAGCCAGGCGCAGACGGACAAGGCGGAGGAGGAAGACCAGGAGCAGGUCGAAGUAGACCCGCUCCCACCUCUCACUCUCCCCACCACCACCUCACCGUCAAAGCAACAACAACGGCGGAUAGACUCGAGCCAGGACCUCGAGGACCUGGAACCGGUGGCGGACGUGAGCCUGGCGGACGUGCGCUCGACGGCUGAUUACGAGGACGAUAUUCUCGGGCGCGGGCCGGAUCUCGAUCUGGACGUGCAGGCUGAGAUCGAGAAGGACGCGUCGAGGCGGUAAUACGAUUGUAUCAGAUAAGUUAGUAAAUAGAAGAUAGUAAGGAAGAGUAGAAGGAAGGUAUUAGUUAUAUCUUACGUAAGACUCCGGGGCAUUGGGAAUGACGUCACUC